GAUCGUGCUCGCGAACAGCGGUUCGUCGGGUUGCGCGUAGUGCGUGAGUAUGUGUGAUGUAUGCGUUCAUACAACACUAGCGCCACUCUACAGAGACCGAAAGGUGAUUCGAUUUCGCGAACUAAUCCUGGCAGCGCGAGCGGUCAGUACGUGUGCCAUUCUGCACCGAGAAAUGGAAGCCGAUGAGACGUGUUCGGCUAGCAGGAACGCGAGCACGUUGCCGAUCGACGAGGUCGUGUGCGAGGACACGGUGACAGCUGUGCACGAGUACGCGUUUUAAAUCUGUUAUGUUUAAAAACGUACCGGGUAAUACCGGUCGCCGACCAGCCGCGAAUCCGGAGAGGAAAAGAUCGUCGCGUGUCGACAGUUUUGUGUGAACGGUGCAUUUUUGGUUUUCCCGUUUUUCAUUUUCACGUCUCGUCUCGUCACGUCUCGUCACGUCACGCCAGAACGCGGCCGUUAGAAAUUCCUCGAGCAAAUAAAAAGGGUGUGUGUUUACGGAACGUCUGGAUACAAUUUUUUGCAAAAUGUGGUGUCUCGUUAGCCAAGCAAAUUCCGUCAUCCUUGAGGUGCAAGUCGACCCCAAAGCCAUUGGCCAGGAGUGUCUUGAAAAGGCGUGCGACUGCCUGGGCAUCAGCAAGGAGUGCGAUUACUUCGGACUGAAGUAUCAGAACGCGAAGGGCGAGGAGCUGUGGUUGAACCUGAGGAAUCCCAUAGAGAGGCAGACCGGCGGCGGCGUGGCGCCUCUGAGGUUCGCGCUGAGGGUGAAAUUUUGGGUGCCGCCUCACCUGUUGCUGCAGGAAGCCACCAGGCAUCAGUUCUACUUGCACUCUCGUUUGGAGCUGGUCGAGGGCAGAUUGAAGGUCUCGGACUGGGGUUCCGUGGCGCGGUUGGUCGCCCUGAUAGCGCAGGCCGACUCCGGCGAUUACGACGCCUUAUCGCCGCCGCACGCACUCUACUCCCAAUGCUGUCAGAUACAGCCGACGGAGCCGUGCGAGCCGAAACCCCAGGACUUCCUGCACCGGAUAGUCCAGCAGCACAAGGAAAUCAAGGGCAUGAAAACGUCGACCGCCGAGUAUUGGCUGCUCAAGGAAAUCUCGAACCUGGACACCUUCGGUCAGGAGAUGUUCCACAGUAAAUUCGGUUACAACGGCGUGUCGAUGAUCGGCGUGGGACCUCACGGGAUCACGGUCUACCGCAGCGACGACGAAGAAACGCAAAACAUACCGUACACGGCGAUACAGAGCGCGACGUCCCAGCGGCGGAUGUUCCACCUGGUGUACCUCUCCCUGGACGGCGAGGAGACGUCGCUGAACUUCAAGCUGGACUCGAGCCAGUCCGCCAGCGGACUGUACCGAGCGAUCACCGAGAAGCACGCGUUCUACAGCUGCGAGACGGUCAGGAGCGCGGUCACCGCGCAGUUCAUACGAGACCUGAAGGGCACCAUCAUCUCGAUCUUCAACGAGGACUCGACGCUGGGUAAGAAGUACGUGUUCGACAUCCGGCGGACGUGCCGCGAGGUGUACGACAACGCGAGGAGAGCCCUGUACUGCGAGUCGGCGACGGUCAGGCUGCCGGAGGAGAAGGAGAAGCAGAUCUUGGAGAGGCACGAGUGCGCCGGGGACUGCGAGGAUCCCAAGUGCAAGGAAUCCCGGGAAUGCCUCGCGAGAUUAUUGGACGCGAUGCUCUGUCGCAUUUGCAUGGAUCGCAGUUUGGACACCGCCUUGUUCCCCUGCGGACACGCGGUCGCCUGUUUGGAUUGCGCCCGCCGUUGCGAGCGUUGUCCGCUCUGCAGGGCGGACAUAGACCAUUGUCGGACGAUCUAUCUACCGAUCGAGCUGACGCACGUCGACAAGCAUAAUCCGAAAUCCGUCUCGGACACCAUCGAGCCUGUUUACGGGCAGACCUCCGCGGAGGAGAUCCGGAGGAGGAGCCUGAGUACCGAGUCCUCGGUGAACGGCAAUCCCAUUUGAGAGCGCCGCGCGACGAGGCUCGACGUGUUUCAAAGGUUCUUCGGAAUGUUCGCCUGUCGAAUGGGAAGAAGGUAUUGACGAUCCCGCGCUGGCCGCUCCGCCGAGCAACGAUGGACGCGCGCCGCGGCAAUUACUCUUCUUUUUUGCGUUUCGACGGGCGAUUCUCACUCGGCUCGCUAACUCGCGCUAUUCGUUUCGAACGCGGAACGUCGGAAGCAGGAAACGUCGCGGACGUUUCUCGCCGAUCGCGACGGUUCUCCGCGCGUCCUCGGAUACCUCGUUACUCGGACGCUGGAAGUUGGACGAGACUCGUUGGCACUGUGAUGGACGGAUGAGAAGUUCGUAAGGUUUAACGAUGGAUUUAGGAGAGGUUGAAUGAUUGUACGGAUCGGCAGGUGUGCGACCGCUUUGCGAUCGAGCGUGAGAGAAGUGCUAUUAGCAGCCGUCGUGCUGCCGUUGUUUUCGAGACAGGUGAGACCGGUAUCGGCGCGAGGAAAUUGGGGACGCGCCCCGCGAGUAGAUUGAUUACUUUUUUAUCGACAAUCGGACCAAUAAGUUCAUUUAUUAUUUAAUUGUUGUUUAUAAUACACUCUCGUUACUUUUGUUCCUCUUACAAUUAGAUAGAUUGUACGCUUUUUGUUUUCGUAUUGUAUCAACUUUCAUUUAGAUACGGGCCCGGGUCACCCGGGGUGACCGGUUUUAUCGGAGCCGGUGACCCGUCAUAUUUUUUAAUAUAUUACCCGUUAUUCAUUACGCAUACGCAUAUACGAUAGCGCUCGCAAAACGACCGCUACGACGGCUCUCCCCUCGUAACGGACGUUUCAUUUCGAGCGAACGCGGAUAUCUCCGACGACGAGGACGACGAAGACGAGGACGAAGACGACGCGUUUCAUUUGCGACUCCGUGUUCGCGUUUCGGGUUGUGCAGACAGUUGCCCGAUAAUGAAGAGCUCGUCGCCGGCUGUUGAUUAACGCGCGGCCCCGGCCUCUUGGAACGUCCUGUACGAGUAGGAAACCUUGUUACAGUAAUAUCUGUUUAUAUGUACAUAAAAGCGAGAUAACCCGACCGGUUAGGGUCGACAGAGUAAAAGUCAUGCGUUCACCAAAUGUCAAAUCCGAUUUAACGAACUCAGCGCGUAUGCCAUCUUUUAAAUAAGUCAUAAUAAAAAGGAAAACAAACGGGCGAGGAGUGCGCGUCGGAUCGAAGCGCUCGCAGUGCAAACACGCGGAACGUGACACGUACAGAUACAGAUAUACAGAUAUGUAUACAUAUAUAAGUAUAAUUAAUAUAUUAAUCUAAUUAUUAAUUAAUUAUGAAUACGUAAUAUAUUAUUGUAUUAUUGUUGUAUUAUUAAUUAACAAAUAUAUUAAUGUGAUUAUUAAUAUAUUUAUAUAUGUAUACGUAUACAGAGUAAAACACGCAAAUACACGACACACGCGCGCACGCACACGAAGGAUUAUUUAUCGGGUUACGAGUCACAGAUACUUCGUUUCCAAAGGAGCACUAAAGAAGGCUGUUUGAGAAUCAAAAGUAAAGAGAAUGCAAGCCUCGUGGCCGAUCGUUCGAGGAAGCUCGCGAAGGUUUGCGCGUUAUACGUUACUUUUUUCUCUCUAUUUUUUUUCUUCUCUUUUUUUUGCGUGAUAUAUUAUCUUUUCUUCUUGUUCUCGAUCGUCAACAGUUUUAAUCGUCGAACACCACGCUCCGGAAUGAAAACUAGUUGAGACGCCUAUAAUUAGAACUUUAUGGAUCUUACACGAGUGUCGGAAGAGAGAACGAGAGAGAGAAGGAAAUCGUUGUAGUCAUUCAUCAAUGCAAAGCAGAUCUAGUUUAUAAUUAUUUAUAAGACAGAGAGUAACAGAGUGAGAGUAUGUGUGUGUCUGUAUACGUGUGUGUAUGUGUGUGUGUGUGUGUGUAAGAGAGAGGAUGAGAAAACUGAGUGAGAAUAAAAGAUAGAGUUUUUACACGUUACUACGUUCAACGAUGUAUACCGAGCAUAAUCUUGAUAAGUCAGCGGAAGCGUAAUCCCUCUUUUUUCGACGCGUUUCACGCUUUGUAUCUGUCGAACUGUAUCCUUUAGUUUCCUUUAGUAUUUUUAUAUCGUGUUUACGAAAACCGCGAUUACGCUGCUUCUACGAACGAUUCUUUAGGUUUAAACUUACAGACGAAUGCGAAAAAUCUGAAUCAGCGGACUCGACGUCGUCAUUAUUUCCCAUUUGAUACUUGACGAACCUCGCGGAAUAAAGUUCGUUUCUGUUCGAUAUUUUCUCUUCGUGUCACGAUCGAACGUACCGGAAGCAACUGUUGUUCUUCAAGUUGCAGCGGUGCCGGUGGUGAAAGAGGAUCUCCACGAUCGCCGUACGUUCAUUCGAUGUAAAGGUCGACGAGGAGAACGCCGCCAUUGUUGAAAUAAUAAAACGUCGGAAGGAAAGCAACGUUUUUGUGAUUAAUCGUAUCUGUAUAAAGCCGUGCGCGAACGAACGACACGUCGGAUCGUUCGAGACCGUUUGUAGCCGAUAGAUGUGUAUGGGUAGAGAGGAAAACGAUAUCAGAGAGAGAAUGAAUUUCUAAGGAUUAUCAUUUGCAAAGAGUAUUUUUAAAGUAUUUCCAAUGAUUUUCUAGUAUUACGAGCAAGGAUUCCACUUGGAACGGUGGUGUAUACAUAUGAGAACGACACACAGUCUACGAGAAAUAAAUUUUAGCAUUAACGAAGUGCAAUGUCCCGACCUGUUGAUUAAA